GCGGCUGCCAUCAACCCACUGCAUUCGCAAUUCCUCAAUUGGGGCACCUAAACGAAUUAAACAGGCUUUGUUACCACUGGGUGACUUUGUAGCCGCCAUCAUGUCUGCCUCAACAAGAACUUGGCGCGACAGCGCGUACCUCGUCAUCUCUGGCAUCCAGUUAACGGCCAUGCUUUUGGUCGACCUCGUCCCAUUCUACCCAUCAGCUCUCUACUCAACCCCUUCAUCGCCAUUGCACUUCCUCCAAGUCCUCCGCGACUUCUACAUCUCAACGUACAAUGACCCCUUCUUCACCGCCUCUCACGAGAACCUCCCCUCGUGGUUCAAGCUCUUCACCUAUAUCGAGAUCGUCUACCAGCUGCCCAUGGCCGCCUGGAUGGUCUACAGGUUCUCGCGAAGUACAGGCACGACCCCCGGAUUUGAAGUUGCCGUGUUGGUCUUCUGCGUCGAGUGCGCCCUGACGACAUUGACCUGCAUGUACGACGUCUUCCACUGGGAUCCUGCAGUGUACAGCCAGGCUCAGAAGAACCUCUUUGUCUUCAACCUCUACGGGCCGUGGGUGGUAAUCCCGGCGUUGAUGGGACUGGACAUGUGGCUGCGCAUCCUGAAGCGGGUGAACGCCGUGGACAACACCAAGAAGUUGCAGUAAAGGGGACUACUCGGUCUUGUCGAAGCAGGUAUUGGUUCCAUUAAGAUAUCGCUACAAAUCCUGCUCCUGUCAGACCGCGCGUGCGCGGAUCCAGAUGAUCGAUUCCAAAACUCCUA